GUUACCGGUCUCGCCAUGGAGCGGAAAGGUGAGCGGUGGAGCGGCCUGCGCCACGAGGGGCAACGGCCUCCGGGGCGAGGCCCGAGUCAGAGCCAAGAGCCUCGCCUCACCGCCGCCGUCCGGAAACCGGGCGUGCGGCGCUGCUCCUCUGAGGUGGCGCCUCCCCUCACCCUCCGCCUCUGGUCGGUGGGUCGGCGCCCCUCAGGCCGGGCGUCCUCCGGGGUUGGCCGUCACCGCCCCUUGUUCUCCGCCAGGUCGGCUCGCGCCGCGCGGCCACUCCUGCACCCGGCCAUCCGGCCACGCCGAGUCUCGGCCCGGCCCGAGCUCCCUCGGGCGCACCCCGGCUGGGCGCUGCUCCGCGCCCCGUGGGCCGCCGGCCUCCCGGUUCCAGCCGCGGCACUGGCCUCGCAGCCGCCCCUGAGGCUGGCCCCGCGACUCGGCCUGGCGCCCCUGCUGGGUCUCCACCCUCGGCUGGGUCGCCUCCUUUCCGCCACAUUUGUCCUUCAUCCAUCCCUCUCUCCUGCAGUGCUUGCGCUCCAGGCCCGAAAGAAAAGGACCAAGGCCAAGAAGGACAAAGCCCAAAGAAAAUCUGAAACUCAGCACCGAGGCUCUGCCCCACACUCUGAAAGCGAUCUCCCAGAACAGGAAGAAGAGAUUCUGGGGUCCGAUGAUGAUGAGCAAGAGGACCCUAAUGAUUAUUGCAAAGGAGGUUAUCAUCUUGUGAAAAUUGGAGAUCUAUUCAAUGGGAGAUACCAUGUGAUCCGAAAGUUGGGUUGGGGGCACUUUUCAACAGUGUGGUUAUCAUGGGAUAUUCAGGGCAAAAAGUUUGUGGCAAUGAAAGUAGUUAAAAGUGCUGAACAUUAUACUGAAACAGCAUUAGAUGAAAUCCGGUUGCUGAAAUCAGUUCGCAAUUCAGACCCUAAUGAUCCAAAUAGAGAAAUGGUUGUACAACUACUUGAUGACUUUAAAAUAUCAGGAGUUAAUGGAACACAUAUCUGCAUGGUAUUUGAAGUUCUGGGACAUCAUCUGCUCAAGUGGAUCAUCAAAUCCAACUAUCAGGGGCUUCCACUGCCUUGUGUCAAAAAAAUUAUUCAGCAAGUAUUACAGGGUCUGGAUUAUUUACACACCAAGUGCCGUAUCAUCCACACUGACAUUAAACCAGAAAACAUCUUGUUAUCAGUGAAUGAACAGUAUAUACGAAGGCUAGCUGCAGAAGCAACAGAAUGGCAGCGAUCUGGAGCUCCUCCACCUUCUGGGUCUGCAGUCAGUACUGCUCCUCAACCUAAACCAGCUGACAAAAUGUCAAAGAAUAAGAAGAAGAAAUUGAAGAAGAAGCAGAAGCGCCAGGCAGAAUUACUAGAGAAGCGAAUGCAGGAGAUUGAGGAAAUGGAGAAAGAGUCGGGCCCUGGGCAAAAAAGACCUAACAAGCAAGAAGAAUCAGAGAGUCCUGUUGAAAGACCCUUGAAAGAAAACCCACCUAAUAAAAUGACCCAAGAAAAACUUGAAGAGUCAAGUUCCAUUGGCCAGGAUCAAACACUUAUGGAACCUGGUGUAGAGGGUGGUGCAGCAGAAAUUAAUUGCAAUGGAGUAAUUGAAAUCAUUAAUUAUACUGAGGACAGUAAUAAAGAAUCAUUGAGGCUUAAAGAGGAUCUACAUAAUGCUAAUGACUCUGAUGUCCAAAAUGUUCAAAAUUUGAACCAGGAACCUAAUUUUCUAAGUUCCCCAAAUGGAGACAGUCAUCCAACUCAAGAAGCAAACUCUUAUACAACUGUACCCUCUGGGGUGUCAGAUACCAUGGUAUGCCAGUCUUCAUCUGUAGACCAGUUAUUGAAUGAACAGAACAUCAGCCAGCUUCAAGAAAGCAUUCGCGCAGAGAUACCAUGUGAAGAUGAGCAAGAGCAGGAACAUAAUGGACCACUGGACAACAAAGGAAAAUCCACUGCUGGCAAUUUUCUUGUCAAUCCCCUUGAGCCAAAAAAUGCAGAAAAACUCAAAGUGAAGAUCGCUGAUCUUGGAAAUGCCUGUUGGGUGCACAAACAUUUCACUGAAGAUAUUCAAACAAGGCAGUAUCGCUCCCUGGAAGUUCUGAUAGGAUCUGGCUAUAAUACACCUGCUGACAUUUGGAGCACAGCAUGCAUGGCCUUUGAAUUAGCCACAGGCGACUAUUUGUUCGAACCUCAUUCAGGGGAAGAGUAUACUCGGGAUGAAGAUCACAUUGCAUUGAUCAUAGAGCUUCUGGGAAAGGUGCCUCGCAAGCUCAUUGUGGCAGGGAAAUACUCCAAGGAAUUUUUCACCAAAAAAGGUGACCUGAAGCACAUUACGAAGCUGAAACCCUGGGGCCUUUUUGAGGUCCUAGUGGAGAAGUAUGAGUGGUCUCAGGAAGAGGCGGCUGGCUUCACAGAUUUCUUACUGCCCAUGUUGGAGCUUAUCCCUGAGAAGAGAGCCACUGCUGCUGAGUGUCUCCAGCAUCCUUGGCUGAACUCGUAAGCCUCUAACCAGCCCUGCAGCAGAGAUCACACACUGAUCUUCAGCCCUCCUCUCCAAGCAUUCCCCUCUGCCCUUUUUAGGGUGAAGCUCUUUCAAGGGUUCCCCUCCUCCUCCCCCCAUCCUCCACCCCAUCCUAAACCAACAUCUUCAUUUGGGUUUGCUUACUUGACCCUGUGGAAAUCCACACAGCCAUUGGGCAUCCUAGGUGACUUCAGCUUUGGUUGGGCUCUGCCAAAGACUACCAAACUAAAAAUACAGAACAGCCUUUCAUGCUGUACCCCUGCCUUCCCAUCAGGACAUGUAUAAAUUAUCAGCACCCCCCCCCCUUUUUUUUUUUUUUUUUUUUAAGAAAGGUUUGAAGAUGUGUGAGCCCAUCCUUUUAUUCUGACUCUAAGAGUCAAAUUUUCUAGUGCAUAUCUUGUUGCUACAUGAGGAUGAGGAGAGGGGAAAGUGGUAAAUCUGUGUCCAGCAGAAACAUUAAACAUGCUAUAUCCAGGCUGCAU